UUUUUUUUUUUUUUUUUUUUUUUUUUAAAUUCCUCUCCCCACCCUUUCUGAGGUCCUUGUCCGCAGUGAUUUUUUUCCUUCUUUUAAAGAGAUUCCUCUCACCACCUCCCCAGUACCACCAGUGUACAGCUCCUAACGGGUUCCGCUUUGUUUUUACGACUCCCCCCACCCCCCACCCCAACGAAUCACUUGUCAGAUCAAUUUUACCUUCUCCCUCCUCCCUACUUCCCACUCUCCCCUCCUCCCCUCCCAAACCCCGUUCUCCGAGGUUAGACAUUUUACUAGCUAGCUAUGCUGUUUGUCGAAUUGUGACUUUUUUUUUUUACCCCCUCCUCCCAUAUCUACUCUUCUAGACGUUUAUUUUUGCCCUUCCCCCGCCUAGCGGGGCGCGGGGUAAGGGAAGAGAAAAUAAUACAAUUUCAGGGGAAGUCGCCUUCAGGUCUGCUGCCUUUUUUUUUUUUUUUUUAAACAAUAAUAAUAAUAAUAAAAAGGACAUAGAAAACACCAGUCUUGAACUUCACUUCAGGAACCCCGGCUGCAAAGGAAAUCUCCUUUGUUUUGUUAUUUAUAUGCUGUCAAGUUUUGAAGUGUUCUGGCAGGUGAUCUGUAAGACAGUGACUGAGUAUGGAUCAUUUGAACGAGACAACUCAGGGGAAAGAGCAUUCCGAAAUGUCUAACAAUGUGAGUGAUCCGAAGGGUCCGCCGGCCAAGAUUGCCCGCCUGGAGCAGAACGGGAGCCCACUAGGAAGAGGAAGGCUUGGGAGCACAGGUGGAAAGAUGCAGGGAGUGCCUUUAAAACACUCGGGCCACCUCAUGAAAACCAACCUUAGGAAAGGAACCAUGUUACCCGUUUUCUGUGUGGUGGAACAUUAUGAAAACGCCAUCGAGUAUGAUUGCAAGGAGGAGCAUGCGGAAUUUGUGUUGGUGAGGAAGGAUAUGCUUUUCAACCAGCUCAUAGAGAUGGCGUUGCUGUCUCUGGGCUAUUCACACAGCUCUGCUGCCCAAGCCAAAGGGCUCAUCCAGGUUGGGAAGUGGAAUCCAGUUCCACUGUCGUAUGUGACAGAUGCCCCUGAUGCCACAGUGGCAGACAUGCUUCAGGAUGUGUACCAUGUGGUCACUCUGAAAAUCCAGCUGCACAGUUGCCCCAAACUAGAAGACUUGCCUCCUGAACAAUGGUCCCACACCACAGUAAGGAAUGCUCUGAAGGACUUACUGAAAGACAUGAACCAGAGUUCGUUGGCCAAGGAGUGCCCCCUCUCACAGAGCAUGAUCUCCUCCAUCGUGAACAGCACGUACUAUGCAAAUGUCUCAGCAGCAAAAUGUCAAGAGUUUGGAAGGUGGUACAAACAUUUCAAGAAGACAAAGGAUAUGAUGGUUGAGAUGGAUAGUCUGUCUGAGCUAUCCCAGCAAGGCGCCAACCAUGUCAAUUUUGGCCAGCAGCCUGUCCCAGGAAACACAGCUGAGCAGCCUCCGUCCCCUGCACAGCUCUCCCACGGCAGCCAGCCCUCUGUCCGGACCCCUCUUCCGAACCUGCACCCUGGGCUUGUGUCAACACCUAUCAGUCCUCAGCUGGUCAACCAGCAGCUGGUGAUGGCCCAGUUGCUGAACCAGCAGUAUGCAGUGAACAGACUCUUGGCCCAGCAGUCCUUAAACCAACAGUACUUGAACCACCCUCCCCCUGUCAGUAGGUCUAUGAACAAGCCUUUGGAGCAGCAAGUUUCCACCAACACCGAGGUCUCUUCCGAAAUCUACCAGUGGGUGCGGGAUGAACUGAAACGAGCCGGAAUCUCACAGGCAGUGUUUGCACGAGUGGCUUUUAACAGAACUCAGGGAUUGCUUUCUGAAAUCCUCCGCAAGGAAGAGGACCCCAAGACUGCAUCCCAGUCUCUGCUGGUAAACCUUCGGGCUAUGCAGAAUUUCUUACAGUUGCCAGAAGCUGAAAGAGACCGGAUAUACCAGGAUGAGAGGGAAAGGAGCUUGAACGCAGCCUCCGCCAUGGGGCCUGCCCCGCUGCUGAGCACGCCACCCAGCCGCCCUCCUCAGGUGAAAACAGCUACCCUCGCCACUGAGAGGAAUGGGAAGCCAGAGAACAAUACUAUGAACAUUAACGCCUCCAUUUAUGACGAGAUUCAGCAGGAAAUGAAGCGUGCUAAAGUGUCCCAAGCACUGUUUGCAAAGGUUGCUGCCACAAAAAGCCAGGGAUGGCUGUGCGAGCUGCUGCGCUGGAAAGAAGACCCUUCUCCAGAAAACAGAACCCUGUGGGAGAACCUGUCAAUGAUCCGAAGAUUCCUCAGUCUGCCUCAGCCUGAGCGCGAUGCCAUCUAUGAGCAGGAGAGCAAUGCCGUGCAUCACCAUGGCGACAGGCCUCCCCACAUCAUCCAUGUUCCAGCGGAACAGCUUCAGAGCCCCUCUCCCAGCACCCUUGGGAAAGGAGAGUCUAGAGGCGUUUUCUUACCAAGCCUGCUGACCCCUGCACCAUGGCCCCAUGCUGCCCCUCAGCAGCAGCAGCAGCAGCAGCAGCAGCAACAGCAGCAGCAACAGCAGCCACCGCCACCACCUCCACAGCCACAGCCACAGCCCCAGGCAGGCCCCAGGCUCCCACCCCGGCAGCCCACCGUGGCCUCCUCUGCAGAGUCCGAUGAGGAAAACCGGCAGAAGACCAGGCCACGAACCAAAAUUUCCGUGGAAGCCCUGGGCAUCCUUCAGAGUUUCAUCCAAGAUGUCGGCCUGUACCCGGAUGAAGAGGCCAUCCAGACCCUGUCGGCGCAGCUGGACCUCCCGAAGUACACCAUCAUCAAGUUCUUUCAGAACCAGCGGUACUACCUUAAGCACCACGGCAAGCUGAAGGACAACUCCGGCUUGGAGGUGGAUGUGGCUGAGUACAAAGAUGAGGAGUUGCUUAAGGAUUUGGAGGAGAGCGUCCAGGAUAAAAACGCCAACACCCUUUUUUCGGUGAAACUAGAGGAAGAGCUAUCCGUGGAAGGGAGCACAGACAUUAAUGCCGACCUGAAAGACUGAGAGAACAGUACUGUUUCCAGCCGCGCCACUGGUAUUUCCUACCAACAUGAGAAGUCAGUCCACCUUGUGUUCGCUCAGAAAAACCUUCAUCGUUUAUCGUUUGGCCAAUGAAUCUUCGGAAACUUGCACAAACAGGAAGUCAGAAGGACAGGACAGACUGCACUCGAGGUUUUACUCUGUUUUACAAACUGCUUGGCGGCCCCAGGUGAAGCGUCAAGGAUUGUUGGGUAGAAUUUGUGUUCAAGGGCUGCACCCAGGUGUUGUACCCUGUCAGCAUGAUACCAGAAAUUGGUUUUCCUUUUGGUUAUUAUUCUGGAGCCUCAAAUAAGCAUUAUAACUUCUGUGAUUAUGAUUGCCUUUUCUUUAAUUAUUUCUGUAACACUCCACACUAGUCUUUGGAAACCGGCCCCUUAUUUUAAAGAGAAAAAAGAAAAAAAAAAGAGAGAGAGAGAGAGAGAGAGAGAGUUUGUUACUCGAUUGUAUGUUAAAGAAGAACUAUAAACUGUGGAAUACAGUUUAAAGAUGACAUAUGCCAACAAAUGCCUUGUAUUAUAUGGCACUGCCGUAAUUAAAAUUUGUUUUUUAUUUUGGAAAUAAAAGUUCACUGUAAUUUUUUUUUCAUCCUCAUUGUUACAUGAUUUUUUUUUUUUUAAGGAAAAGAAAAUGUGAAACACAAUUUAGUCCUCGUGUUAUUUAUUUGUCGAUCCUGCAGCAUCAUGUCAUAAUUAAGUUUUUGGAGAUUUCUGUUAAAUGUAAUGUUGCUUCUCUUGUUGCCAUACUGAUUUCCUUUCUAUUUAUAACUGUAUUUUGAUGGGCAGUAAAACAAAGUGUCUUAAAAGUUUUAAAUAGAGAAAAUGUGCUUUACACAGUUGCCUAUAAAAGUCUAUGUUAUCCAAGCAAUUCACUCUAGAAGCUUCAGUCCCGGUUGUUGUAUGCAAUUUUUACUAUCAUGCAAAUAAGCUUAGGUAAAUAAAACUAAUAGAUCACCUUAGAAAAUUAUGCAAUUAAUGUGAAAAUAAUCGAUGUUUGCGGUGUGUCUUCCUUUGGUUUACAAUCAAUUUUAAAGCGACAUCUGUAUAAAGUUUCUGUAUAAAGGUGUAUUUCUUUUUUAUGAGUUUAUGGCUAUGAAAACACCAGCUAUUUUGUUACAGCUGCUGUUUUUAUAAGUGUAUCACAGUUUUCUUUAUGCAGAAAUGUGCGGAUUAGGAGUGGUUAUUGACUGUAACUACAUGAUUAAAAUUGUUUGUAUGGUAUGAUA